CUUCCCGUCCUUUCGAGAACUAAUGAUCUGCAUUCCGUUUGUGAGAAGAGGGGUCACUGGUCAUUCGUAUAUAAGCACCUCCUCGCCCACUUUCUCCAACAGUCUUCAAUAGUCACCUCCAAAAUGAAGGCAGUCGUUCUAUCCACCUUGGCAGCCCUAUCCAUUGCUGCUCCGCAGUACACCUCUACUACUCCUCCAGCGCCGACGCAGCCCUCGACUGCUCGAGCCCUAUAUGGAGCAGCACCAGGAGUAAGGAGUGAAAAUCCCGAAACUCCAGCUGCAGUCGCCAUCCUAAGGGACAUCAGGGACCACAAGGAAGACGGAACUUUCAACUUCGAGUUCGAAGGCGACAAUGGCAUCAUCGUCUCGGGUUCUGGUUCGCCUUCAGGAGAAAAUGGCACUGUCGUUCAAACAGGCAGUUACAAGUACACUUCACCUGAUGGAACUGUCGUCGAAGUGACGUACGUGGCCGAUGAAAAAGGCUUCCAGCCUCAGUCAGACAAUCUUCCCAAGGCUCCCGAAUUCCCUCACCCGAUUCCCCAGUUCGUCCUCGACCAGAUCGCCAAGGCCGAAGAAGAAAAAGCUGCUGCUACUUCGCGUGAUUCAGCCGCUGCAGUUAUCGCUCCUUCCUCUUCUAACGUCUAUCCUGCUCCAGCGUAAAUUUGUCACGACAUAGUAAACAAACCAACUACGAUCGUUACUGUCAGCAUUGAGAAACAUAUCUGAUUAGUCUCAUUGUCUGCAUUUUGUGUACACUUAUUCACCACUAGUCUUUUGUUGUGAUAAGGAUAGAGCGUGAUGAGAUGAAGAAAUGGCGUAUCUAUUUUUCUAAAGUCGAUUCAUUAUGCCCUGAAGGACUUUGCGAGUAUUUUUCUCACCCCUUCCUUUGUUUGUUGCGUGUGCAACUUUUAUUUCUUUGUCUAAGUCACCUUGAUUUAUGUCUAGCAAAUGCUUAAUAAAAGAAUCAAUUGA